AUGUAUUGCUAUUUCUGGGAACUCAUGGGGAUAUUUUUGGUAACGAGCACGGCGGGUGUUUGGAUACAACGGAUGCGGAUGGAUAUAUAUCCUCCAGUAUUGUCCAGUCCAGUAGCUUCUCCGCACAUCUAUUGCAGAAUCUUAGCCAGGAGUGGUACUAUCGUCCCAUCUUCACGAGGGGUAUCCAUCUGGCACCAUGAACUUAGUCAGUUAGUUCGUCGUCUACCUACCUAA